AUGGAGAGGUCGAAAUCGAAACCAGCCGCCGGCCAGUCCUGCAGCUAUGGCCAAGCCUGCACGCAUUGCUACAAAGCCAAGUGUCGGUGCGUACGUGCUCCAAGCGGCGAUACUUGUGAAAGGUGUCUCCGUCUCAAGAAAAGGUGUGAGCGAUCAGAGUCGGUUCGCCGGCGGAAUGUUCAGAAUGCUCAGACAUCCAGAGUGUCUGAUAGGCGGAUUACCCGGCUAGAGGAGAAAAUGGAGAGCCUGUUAUCCACUAUGCAGUCUUUCAUCGGUUCCACGGCGGCUUCGGCGUCUGCUGUCGACAUCCUUCAGACUCUCCACGGGGACGACAGUUCGGCAUCCACAUCUUCUUCAAAUACUACUCUAGUAACCCCUGCGAGCACUACUCUGGGCUUCAAUGAGGGACCGAAUCUCGCGACAGAGGCAACUCCUUAUCCUCUGUCCACCCCCGCUCCAUCGCCAUAUCGAGCGGACGAAAGACUCGAUUUCUUCCGGUCCCGAAUGCUGCCAUCCUUUCCGUUUAUCGACCUGACUCCAGAGAUGACAAGCUGCCAUCUACGCCAAAAUAGGCCUUUCUUGCUCCAAGCCAUCCACACCGUGACCACGUUCUCAACCCAGGAAAGAUUCACUCUAGUGGAGGAGCUGAAGCGUACCCUGUUCACAUCGGCGUUGCUCCAAGUUCAGUCAAAUAUCGACCUCCUGCUUGGAUUGUUAACGUAUCUAGCAUGGAGUACGGACCCUUUCCUCGGCCGAGCAGACCUCGUCUCUCGCCUCAUGAUGCUGGCAAUUUCAAUCGUCUAUGAUCUGCGGUUGUUUAAGCCUUCAUCGCCAGACGUGCAACUCAUGAUGACUAUUACCCAGGGAGGGGCGGACGACAAUAAUCAGAGCCCCAAGGAUCAAACGCCAUACGACUUAUUGGAAAGGCAGCGGGCAGGACUGGCGUGUUUUAUUUUGAGCUCUAAUAUUGCGUCGCACCUUGGGCGUCAAGACGCUCUACGAUGGACGCCUCAGAUGGAAGAGGCGCUCCAAAUCCUCACAAUAACCGAAGAUUGUUCUGCAGAUUGGCUAUUUGUCUCUCAAGUCCGCUUGCAGCUCUUAAAGCAAAGAGCAGAUGACGUACGGCAACAGGACGAGGCUCGCACCGCAACAGCUCCUGCGGCAGUUUCGGCUCCUCGCCUUUUGUAUCUCAAGACUUUACGAAAGGAGCUCCAUGAGCUAAGGUCUACGUUUCCUCCCGACCUCCCCCGGCUAGACAUCCUCAAUGCACACGCCCAAUACGUCGAGUUAUACAUUAACCAGCUCGCCUAUUCCAUCAGCCAAGACUCACCUCCUCUCAGUCUAUCUGGCCUACUAGGAUUCGAACGCCUGGAAUGUUUAUGGCAGUCGGUCGAGAACAUCAAGUCGUGGCUGGACCAUUUCUACCAGAUCCCUUGCUCGAGGCUUGUCGGCCAGCCCUUUCAUUUCUGGUCCCAGAUGAUUCUGACGAUCACACUGUUGAAAUAUCUAUCAACAUUGCAAGAUCCCGAAUGGGAUUGCCAAGCGGUGCGGGACACCGUUCACCUGAUCUCGACGAUGGACGGUAUGAUUCAGAAGCUCGAUCUAAGCAGCGAGGAGCCGGAACUUCAGUGCGACGACCAUUUACUCAAGUUCUUAUCCAAGCUUUUAACCAGAUGUCGUUUGUGGGCUGAAGCUCGAUGGCAUGACGCGGAGACCAGGCAGGGCCAGAGUGCCAGCGCGGACACUACCGGUCGCAAUCACCAAAUCCCAGAGCUGGAUCAGAUGGUCUGGAUGCAGUCGAUGGAUCUAGGAGACGAUCAGUGGUUUGAAAAUGUACUGGGUAUGCCCACUACAUUCUACUAG